UUUAUUUUCUUGAUACAAUAUAAAACGGUGCGUUUUCCCUAUUCUAUAGUUCAGUGGCUAGCGUCUUGUGUUAAAGAAAUUUGAUACCGUAGUCUACUAUAAGUGUAAAAGGUGUUGUUAAAACGAACCUGAAACACAGCCAUGCCAGAGGUAAAGUUAGAAGAGGUGCGCCGGUUCAUGGAGGACAGCCUGAAGGCAGUUGGGACUCCGGAGUCGGAAGCGAAGGCCCACGCUGACCUGCUGAUGCACGCAGACACUGUGGGACAUUACAGCCAUGGCUUGAAUAGACUUGAAUUCUACAUAAACGACUGCCAAUCCGGGGCGUGUGUACCUACAGCCAAGCCUGAAGUUCUUAAGGAGUCAGGAGCGACGGCCUGGGUAGACGGACAUAAUGCUCUCGGGGCUACCGUCGGCAACUUCUGUAUGGACGUAGCCAUCAGGAAAGCUAAGGAUUGUGGAGUCGGAUGGGUUUCUACUAAACGAAGCAACCACUUCGGCAUGGCAGGCUACUGGGCUCUGAAGGCGGAACGUGAGGGGCUAAUAGGCAUGGCAUUCACUAAUUCAUCGCCUAUCAUGGUUCCUACUAGGUCGAAACAAAGGGCGUUGGGUACAAAUCCUAUAGCAAUGGCAGCCCCGGCUACUGGCGGCGACAAGCUCGUGGUCGAUAUGGCCACUACCACAGUUGCUAUGGGGAAGAUUGAAGUUCAAAUCCAUAAGGAAGAGCCAAUACCGCAGGGUUGGGCCCUCGGUCCUGAUGGGAAGACCACCACUGAUGCUAAGGCUGCGUUCAGUACGGGUCGUUUGAUGCCUCUGGGUGGAGAAGAAAAGACUAGUGGAUACAAAGGAUAUGCCCUCAGUGCUAUGGUGGAGAUGUUCUGCAGUGGAUUAUCAGGGUCAAAAUCUACGCACAACAUCCGUGGUUGGGAGUUGACCAGCACCCAAGGACCUCCAGACUUGGGGCAGUGCUUUGCAGCGAUAGACCCUGAAUGCUUCGCUCCAGGGUUUGCGGAGAGGGUCGCUGAUUGUCUUAACACAUAUAGGAGUUUGGAACCGGUGGACCCUGCACUGCCUGUAUUAGCUCCGGGAGAUAAGGAAGACAAGAUUGGCAAGACGACAUUAGCUAAAGGGACCAUCAACUAUCCAGAGAAACAAAUUGAAGCUAUGCGUGUGAUGGCUGAGAGGAUCGGAGUCCAACCUAUACAAACUGUUUCUGCCUAGAUAGAAGAUUUUAGAUAAAUUUUUGGAUGACUAAAAUUAAUAUUUAAGUAAUACUGUAUUUACUUAAGUUAUUAAAUCUUGUAAUCUUGUAUAAGGUAGUACGGUACGGUAGUAUCUAAGGACGUAUAGAAAAAUGUUGAAUUCUAUUAAUAAAACUA